AUGAUUGAAAACCAGACUACGAUUACCGAAGUCAUCCUCCUGGGAUUUGGGGACAUUUAUAAGUUCCAAAUUCUUCUCUUCCUAGCAUUUCUCGUCAUUUAUAUUGUGACUGUAACGGGAAAUACUCUCAUCUUUUGGCUUGUGGUCUUUGAUAGACACCUGUAUACUCCCAUGUACUUCUUCCUGGGGAACCUCUCCUUCUUAGAGGCUUGCUACUCCUCCAAUCUAUUUCCAAGGAUGCUUUUGGCUCUCUUGACUGGGAACAGAAUGAUUUCCUUCAGUGGCUGCCUCACCCAGUGGUAUAUCUUUGGAUCCUUGGAAGCUACAGAAUGUUGUUUGCUGUGUGUGAUGUCUUAUGACCGGUAUCUCGCAAUCUGUAAACCACUCCAUUAUGCAACAACCAUGACAACCCAGACUUGUAUCCAGUUAGCGGCUGCAUCUUGGAUUAAUGGCUUUUUCAUUUCUUUUGUAUUACUCAUUCUGAUGUUGCAGUUAACGUUUUGUGGCCCCAAUACAAUGGAUCAUUAUUUUUGUGACUAUUUCCCACUCCUAAAAGUCUCCUGCAGUGAUACUAGUUUGAUGAAAAUGGUAAGCAUUGUUGUGUCGGCCAUUUUUACACUCCCUCCUUUUCUUUUAACCUUGGCAUCCUAUGUAUAUAUCAUAGCAGCCAUCUUGAAAAUCCCCUCCUCCACAGGGAGGAAAAAGGCCUUUUCCACUUGCUCUUCUCACUUGGUUGUGGUUUCUAUUUUCUAUGGGUCUCUAAUGACUGUAUAUAUGGUACCAGAGCAAGAAAUGAAGGGGAACAUGGGAAAAUUUUCAUCUCUCCUGUACACAGUGUUGCCCCCUUUGCUUAACCCUUUCAUAUACAGCCUGAGAAACAAAGAGGUCAAUGAUGCACUGAGAAAUAUAGUUGGUAGGUUAUGCCCUAUGAAGAGGUUAGAUGAAACUAAUUACCACAAGCCCCUUUCAGAUGUUACAGUGAAUACAUCUACAUUUUGA